AUGCGACCACCUGCGCUUGCAGGCGGGCUUCGAGGGCUUGGUGCUCGCCUCUCUCCCUCCUCCCAGCUCGUGUCCUCCGCCUGCUGCUCAUCCCCGACCCGGCCCCUGAUACUGCGCAGUCCCAGCCUCUUCCGCCAGCCCAGCCGCCGUCUUGUCGCCACCACCACGUCCAGCUACUUCAGCCCCAACGUGCUGCUCGACGCCUCCGAUGUCUUCCACAAGGGCGUUCUCCUGCGCACCGAGCCCACUUCUCCUUCAUCCCUCCCGGACCAGGACGACCCAGGCCCCAAGCCGGUGGCCACACAGGUCCCGCCACACCGCCAGAGACAAGCUGCCAGGCGUGCCGCCGCCGCUGCCGCCGCCGCCCCCGCCGCCGCCGGGGCCAGCCCGCCGCCGCCGCAUCAUGUUCUCCCAGAGAAUGCCUCCGACACCCUCACCAGCCUCGCCGCCUCCCAGCCUGCCAACUCGCUGCGGCGCCGGCUCUCCGCCCUGCUCUCCCUCUCCAAACCGCGCCUGACCGUCCUCGUCGUCCUAACAGCCAUGGUCCCCUACGCCCUGUAUCCCGUGCCCGCCUUCCUCUCCGCCACCCUCGCCGACGCCCCUUCCCUGUCGCCCCUCACCCUGCUCUUCCUCACAACAGGCACCACCCUGUGCUCUGCCUCUGCCAACGCCCUCAACAUGCUGUACGAGCCAUCCACCGACGCCAAGAUGUCCCGGACGCGGAACCGCCCCCUGGUGCGCAAUCUGCUGUCCACCAGGGCUGCUGUCCUGUUUGCCGCCGGCUGUGGGCUCCUCGGGACAGCCGCCCUCUACUGGGGCGUGAACCCCACCGUGGCCUUCCUCGGCGCCUCCAACAUCGCACUCUACGCCGGCGUCUACACACCCAUGAAGGGCUUUCACUGGCUCAACACCUGGGUCGGCGCCCUGGUCGGCGGCAUCCCGCCCCUGAUGGGCUGGGCCGCAGCUGCCGGCGAGAGCGCCACCGCCGACGGCACCUUCCGCGAGCUGCUGUUCAAGUUCACCGGCGACGGCACCUCCAGCGCCGGUGGCUGGCUGUUUGCCGGGCUCCUGUUUGCCUGGCAAUUCCCUCACUUCAUGGCCCUCUCCUGGGCGGUGCGUCACGAGUACAAGGCAGCCGGCCUGAAGAUGCUGUGCUGGCUGGACCCGGCGAGGAACGGCAGGGUUGCGCUGCGGUACAGCCUGGUCUUCAUGCCCAUCUGUGUAGCCCUGUGCGCUUACGGCGUCACCGAGUGGACGUUCGCCGUGACGAGCUUGCCGGUGAACCUGUGGCUGGUCCGUGAGGCACUCAGAUUCCAUCGUUUGAAGGGCCACAAGGGAAGUGCCCGGGGGCUCUUUUGGGCCAGUGUCUGGCACUUGCCCGCUGUCAUGGGCCUUGCCCUUCUACAGAAGAAGGGCAUGUGGCAGAGGGUGUGGGCCAGCAUCGUGGGCGAACCUGUCGACCAAGACGAAUGGGAGGACAUUGACGACGAGCUCGACGUCCCCUCUGCCCAACCCCCAGCGAGGAUACCUCCGAGGAGCCCACGCGUAGGGGACGGGAGCCCGUGA